AUGGCUCCACCAAAGAAAACAGUUAAGAAGAUGGACCUUACGUCAUUCUUAAAUGAUGACACUUUUGGUUCAUCUUGGGCUGAAGAAGAUGUUGAUUUGAAUAAGAUCACAAUUCCUAUUGAAACUGCUAACGCAAAUACCAUCCCAUUGUCCGAAUUAGCGCACGCUAAAAACAACAGCAACAACAUGCGUUCAGGCGGCCUUGGUGGCAGUUUUGGCGGUAGAUCUAGAUUAGACCCUGCUUUGGGGGGUGCUUCCUCCGAUAGAAGAGAGGAAUACCCUGUUCCGGAUGCUCCACCAUACAGAGCUGUCAUAAACAACAUUCCAUGGGAUAUUACCCCAGAGGGUGUUCAAGCUUGGGUUGAAGAUGGUUUAGUUAAGCCUGAAGCCGUUGAAGAAGUUGUUUUACCAAAGAACCUAAGAGAUCCAACAAGAUUAAAGGGUAAUGCUUUUGUCACUUUGAAAGAAAAAGCAGAUUUGGUUGCAGUUUUAAAGUUCAAUGGUACUAAAUUGAAUGAAAGAACUGUUUACGUUUCUGUUGCUGCUCCAAGAAGAAUGGGUGGUGCAGAUGUUGAUUGGAGUAGUGCUAGAGGCUCCAAUUUCCAGGGCGAUGGGAGAGAAGAUGCACCUGAUCUAGAUUGGGGUGCCGCUAGAGGUUCCAACUUUAAAGGUCCAAGAAGAGAAAGAGAAGAAGUUGAUAUUGAUUGGACUGCCGCAAGAGGCUCCAAUUUCCAAAACUCCUCGAGACCACCAAGAAGAGAAAGAGAAGAGCCAGACAUCGAUUGGACUGCCGCUAGAGGCUCUAACUUCCAAAACUCCUCGAGACCACCAAGAAGAGAAAGAGAAGAACCAGACAUCGAUUGGAGUGCCGCUAGAGGCUCUAACUUCCAAAACUCCUCGAGACCACCAAGAAGAGAAAGAGAAGAACCAGACAUCGAUUGGAGUGCCGCUAGAGGCUCUAACUUCCAAAACUCUUCAAGACCACCAAGAAGAGAAAGAGAAAAGGAAGAACCAGCUUUGGACUGGGGUGCUGCUAGAGGUGCUCAAUUUGGUAAGCCUCAGCAGGUCAAGAACUCUCAUAAGGACAGGUCUUUGUCUAACAAGAAGACUACUGAAGAGCAACCAAAGAUUCAGAAGUCUGUUUAUGAUGUUUUACGUACUGAAGAUGAUGAUGAAGAUGAAGAGGCUGAAAAACAAAAUGGAGAUGCAAAAGAAAACAAAGCCGACGCAGCAGUCGGAAAGCUACAGGAAAAAACUGCUCAAUUGACUGUUGAAGAUGGCGAUGAUUGGGAAACUGUUGGUAAGAAAUAG